AUGAAGAAAAUUAUCGUGGUUAAAAAACAAAUUUUCGAUAAUGACUUUACAAUAGGUUUAAGCGAAAAUUUGUGGAAUGAGCUAAUUCGAGAAGACUACUAUGAUUAUUCUCAAGCUGCAAUAUGUAUCUCAAUUAAUCAGACUGAUCUCGAUAAAAAAAAUCCAUUACUUAAAAAAAAGUCACUUGCCAAUUCAUCAGUUAUUGCAUACGGAAAGUGCUAUUACCCUGAACAUCAUGAACUCAUAUUCAGCGAUAAUGUUUGUUAUAUCUCAUCAAAGUUUGCUAAACAAAAUAAUUUCGUUAAUGGAGCCGAAGUGGAUGUCAUUAACGUACGACCAGUUGAAUUAGAUGAAGUGAUAAUUGGUGCUUUGGAUCACGAAUCUUAUGAAAUAUUAUUAAGAGACACUUCCACUAUAUUUAAUUGGUUCCGCUUAUCUCCGCCAAUUAUCAUUCGUUAUGGUCAAAUUUAUAGACUUAAUAAUUUACCUAUAUCUUUGGAUUCUGAUUCUUAUUUUGGCUUUAAAAUUUUGAUGUGUGGUCCCGUUUUACAAGGAAUUGUUAUGGAUCAUACAAAUUUUAUUAUAACGGACAUUUCAAAAGAUUACUAUUUAAAUGACUAUGAAGAUGAUGAGUUUGAUGAAGUUACUACAGAAUAUGCUAUUGAAAAUGAAUUAUUAGAUCAAGAUAUAUUAGAUUUAAAGGAUGAUUAUAUGACCACUCAGUUAGCACUUCUUGAAGCUGAUGGACAGGAUGAAUUAGAUGGUGAUGAAUCUGACUAUAUUUCUUCAGUUACAUCAUCUGAUGAUGAAAGUUGGAAUAAUGUAGUCCCACUUCCAACUAAAUCAAAAUUCACUCCCGUCAUUUUAUCGACUCCUUUUCCAAGUAAAUUGCUACAACCUGCUCCAAAGGAAAAAGAAGAUCCCGAAUCAAGAAUUCUCAUAAGCUUAAAAGAACUUGCAAAGUUGGGUUUUCAAAGCGGAAGUUGGGCUUUGGUAUCAGGGCCUAAGAUUGAAAAAUCUAGGAUGUGCAAGGUUUAUGCCGUUGAUAUUCCUAUGUCAGCAACAGAUUCGUUACCACCAGUUUAUGUUACACCAAUGCUUCAUUUCAACCUUGGGUUUGGGGAAAUGACAGCAUCAGAUGAGUGUAUAUUUAUUCAGCCAACCAAACGAACUCAAUUGCCACCUCCUGUUACAAGAAGCAUUUAUGUGGCAAGGGUGGCAUCACCAUCGUCAACUGAUAGAUCUAUUCACACAGCAAGUAUCAAUGGACUUAAAAACUGGUUUGAAGAAGCUGAUAGAAUAGUGUGUGAAGGAGAUAUCAUAACAAUACCUACCGAUGAGGAAGCAGCACGGUUAAGGCCGCAAAAAAUUGAAGGUGAUAUUGAAACGUUAGAAGACAUGGAUAUUGCAACUUCACCAAUCAACCCUGGGACUGUAGUAUAUUUCAAAAUUUCAGAGAUGAAGCGCAAGAACUCGAAAAUAUGUUUAAAAUAUGGGUAUGGCAUGCGCGUAGAUCACAAUUGUACUGAAAUGGUUCAAACUGGAAUGGUGCAUUCUAGAGUACCUUUCGUGAAACAGUAUUUAAAUUAUAAUACUUCAAGUCGAUUAGAUUUAAGCCCAUUUCUAACCUCGCCAGAAACACCCUAUGCUCAACUUUUCAACCUUAUUUCAUCUUGCCUACAUCCAAGUGCCUUGUUACUUAACCUCAGCUGUACCGUUCUUUUACAUGGUCCACGUGGCUGUGGUAAAAAGACAGCAGUUGAAUGGGUUGCCGAAAGAGUUGGUGUUCAUGUCUAUGAGGUGAAUUGCUUUGACUUUGCAGGCGAGACAGAUACGAAAACAGAAACAUCUCUUCGUUCAAGACUUGAUAAAGCCGUUACUUGUUCUCCUUGUGUGUUAUUAUUACGUCAUAUUGAUGCACUUGCUAGGAAAAGUGCUGUAUUGGAAACUGGCCAGGAGCCUACAAUUUCUAUUAUCUUGCAAGAGUCUUUUAAACAGCUGAUUGAAAAUUUUCAAACUAUUGGAUAUCCAGUUCUAGUAGUGGGUACAACAGGUGACAUUGAUAAAGUGCCUUCCAGUGUCAUCGGUUGUUUUAGGCACGAAAUUAUUUUCGAAGCUCCGUCCGAGACAAUAAGAUUAGAAAUUCUAAAACAAUUGACAUGUGAGACACCUGUCGCACCAGACGUUUCGUUGUCAUCAUUGGCAACACAAACCGCUGCAUUAGUCGCCAAUGAUUUGGUAGAUUUGGUUGCAAGAGCUGGUUUAGCAGCGCUGGAACGUGUAGAAAAUGUAAUGAAAAAAACAAAACAAUCAUUAAGAGAUAUCGAUCUAGUUCGUGCAGGAAUCGCUCUAACUGCAGUUGAUUUUGAUGAUGCCCUAGGCAAAGCUAGAGCUUCAUAUUCAGAUAGUAUCGGCGCCCCAAAGAUUCCAAAUGUAACAUGGGAUGAUGUUGGAGGCCUUGCAUCUGUAAAAGAUAAUAUACUAGAUACUAUACAGUUACCUCUCGAACACCCAGAGUUGUUCGCUACCGGCAUGAAAAAAAGAUCAGGAAUUUUGCUCUAUGGACCACCCGGCACUGGAAAAACACUCCUUGCCAAGGCUGUUGCUACCUCAUGUUCUCUCAAUUUUUUUUCUGUAAAAGGUCCUGAACUCCUCAACAUGUACAUCGGAGAAUCAGAAGCUAACGUUCGACGCGUUUUUCAACGCGCAAGAGACGCUAAGCCAUGUGUAAUAUUUUUUGAUGAACUAGAUUCUGUUGCUCCAAAAAGGGGAGAGAAAGGAGACUCUGGUGGUGUAAUGGAUAGAAUUGUUAGUCAACUUUUGGCUGAAUUGGAUGGAAUGGGACAAAGUAGUGGGACAGCGGACGUAUUUGUCAUUGGUGCAACGAAUCGACCAGAUUUAUUAGACCCAGCACUAUUAAGACCUGGACGUUUUGAUAAAUUACUUUAUCUAGGAGUGAGUGAAGACCAUGAAACACAACUUAAUAUCAUUCAAGCACUUACAAGAAAAUUCCGUUUACAUCCAUCAUUGGACCUUCGUGCUGUAGCAGAAAAGUGUCCAUUUAACUAUACUGGCGCAGAUUUCUAUGCUUUAUGUUCUGAUGCCAUGUUGAAAGCCAUGUCAAGAACUGCGAAGGCAGUAGAAGACAAAGUUUCUCAAUUGAAUUCCAAUCCGACGCCCAACCUUCCUCAACCUGUAACAUCACAAUACUAUCUUAAUCAUAUUGCAACAUCUGAAGAUACUCUUGUAGAAGUCACACAAGAAGAUUUUGAAAAAGCUCUACAGGAACUUAUACCUUCUGUUUCCGAAAAAGAAUUAGAACAUUACCGUAUGGUGCAAAUGCGGUUUACACAACAGGAAGAUGUUCAGACUGAACAUCUUCCUGUUGUGUAA